CUAUUAUAGAACCAUAUAUAGCUCAUUCUGUGAAUCUGAAGAAUGAUUUUUACCAUGCAGAGAACCAUUUAAGCAUGUGUUACAGUUAGGAAUAGAACCACUGUCUUUACUAAACAACCCUUGACGAACCAUCUUUGGUGACUUGCUCAGUGUUUUAUAUUACCUAAAAAUGACUAAAUAACUUUAGUUCUAUAUAGAACCACUUUUAACUUAAGAAACCUUGAAGAACCAUCAUUUUUAAGAAAGAAUGGUAGCUUGCUGAGUGUGUAUACAACAUGGUGUUUUCCUAACCUUAAAAAUAACGAAAUAACCUCCUACUUCUCCUUUAGACCUUAAUAUCACACUAGAAUGCCUAAGAAAGGAGCGUGUGGUCUUCUUAUUGCAACUUCUUUGAUCUGACCAAACUCUUAUUAUUUAAACUAAUGGCCUUGUGGCUUGAGCCUUGAUUGCUUGCAUCGUGGCCUUCUGAAAUUCAGCUGCAAUGAUUACAUCAGCAACCAGUGCUUUCACUCCCUAGAGCAUUCCCACGCCAAGGACGCCGGGCUGAAGCUGAGGGAAGCGCUAAAGCAGCAACUCAUGAUCAUCCACGAGAGAAUAGAGGCCAGGAAGAUAGCCAAACUGGCCCUGGCAGAAGUGAGAAACAUCAUAGCCAAGGAGGAAGAGGAGAAGGCCUUGGACCGAAUGAGGGAGGAGUCGGAGGCCAAGGCCUGGGACAGGGCUGAGGCUCGUCUGAAAGAGGAAGGAGAGAGAAUAGAGAAGGCGGAUGUGGAAAAGGCCAUGGAGAGGAUCAGGAGGGAGAAGGAGGAGAGGGAGAAAAUGGCAGAGAAAGCAAAGAUAGAAAAAGAUGAGGAGAAGGAAAAGCCUGAGAAGGAUAAGAAGCCACACGAUAAGCCUGUUGAUGCUGAGGGCAGAAAGGCUGAGAAGGAUGGCAAGGGAAAAGAAGCCAAGAAGACUAAAAAGAAACAGUGAAGAAGCUCCUAAAGGGAACCUGUUAUGCUCAAUUUCAUGGUCAACUAGAGUAGAUCUGUUCCUAAAACGUUAUUUUUCUCAUUCUGCUCAUCUUUAUUCACCCUGUCUGAAACGCUCUGUUAGAGCUCCUGUGUCUCUAAGCCCCACCUCCUGAUGAGCCUGGCGUGCUCUGAUUGGUCAGCUCGCCCACUUUGUUCUGAUUGGUCAGCCUCCAGAGCCGUUCCACGUCAUCAUGUUUCGCCCCUGUCCUGCAGUCUCCUGAGCAGCUGUAACUCCGCUGUGGCCGUUUCUCCAGCUGCGUUGGUUCUGCCGUAUCAGUUUGAUCCAGAGUGGAUCCUGAAAGUCCGGUCAGCGUCUUCACACGGCUACAGCACUGAACACGCUCUUCCUCCUCUAGGAGCCGCUGAGCUCACCAGUAAGCGGGCAGUAAGGACUAUGUUACAAGAUGUCAUCAUGUAACGUAGUUGGAAAAGGGCUGGAAUUCCAACAAGGCGUUUCAGGCAACUGAGAAAAGAGGGUUCCGCUUUGUGACUGUAGGAUGUUUACAUGCACGAAAAGCUAUAACACACAGGUCACCAAUAGGCAGACUGCGGUCCAAGUCCAGACCCAGACGCUGUCCUAUGUGGACCUGGACCUAUAACUGAUUAAAAUAUGGAGAAUUAUUUAAUUUUGAUGGGGUGGUCCUGUUUUAAUCAGCGUAACUUGUCUAGCCUUUACCGUAGCUUUAGAGGCCUGUUGGACUCAGACCAAUCGCAGUCAGAGAAGAAAGUGAGUCAGAGGGAAGUUAUUUCACAUGUCGUGCUCUAAAAAGAGAGAACUGGCAGUAAAUGUUCUUGAAAUCUGACUGAACUGGACUUUAUUUGAUCUGAUAUUCAGUUGUUUGACUGUAUAAGAUGUUGAUAUUCCUACUCGGCUGCUUCAGUAAACAGUAUAUGGCACUGAAUAAUGAUGCAGGUUCGACAUUGUGAUGUUCUGGACAUUCGCUUGAGGAAAUGUUCUUUGACUGGACCUCACUGAUUUUAAUUAAAGACCCCUGCGCUAAAGGAAAAAAAAAACUGCACUAAAGCAUAAAAAAACCAGAAGAGCAUAACGGGUCCCCUUUAAGUGAAGAGCAGCACAUGUGCCACGUGUUCUGAAUAUUUCAGUUCCAUUAAAGAUCAUUUGGUCAGACA